CGAUCGGGCCCCGCUUGCCCUGGCUGACAGUUGCGAAGGAUGGACUGAAAGUGAAAUCACCCUGCAGGAGGCAAUUGCCAUGACGUCUAAAGAUCAGGUUUCCUUCCAUUCGAAUUUGGUAACUCGUGUCUCGAUAUUUGUGGAAAGCGGCCGUUCUAGCCUAGUCUACAAUCCGACUUCCCCGCCGUCGUUGGCUGUGGCACGCCAGACGCUAGAUCGGCCUGUAUCCACCAUCUCCCUGGCGUAGAUGGGCGACGCAUUCGAAAUCGAAACCCUGUUCCAGCUCCCAAGGCUUGUCAGCAGUUCCGCGAUGUACAACGCCGAGCACUAAUAAUUUCUUAUACUCACUGUUAUAGCACAUGAUAUACAAAGUAACCCCCCGAUUUCCCGGGCUGGUGAUCCAUAUGGGCGUGCCGGAAUAGAGUCCUUUCGUUUACAACCAACCAUCAGCCUCCCUCCCCGAACAAUCAUUGUAGAGAUAUGAUCGCAUUCAUGCCUCCACAAUCAGCGAACUCAUCCCCAGGGCUGAACUACUGGUAUGGAAGUAGCAGUCUGCCAGACGCGUUGGAGGGACCGCCAGAGGACAGCUCGAACCCUCGUGCAAUGCGACGAGCAUCAGAAGCUAUCGUUCAAGCGCCCGGUUUCCAAAGUCAGGAUUCUCCUGGGUGGGAUCAGAGCCAAGGCCAACUUCACCUUGAUACAACCCAAGCAACUCUUGUAAUUCGCCCUCAGGCAGCAAACGCGGCCGCAAUCCACAAAGCCCCAUUGGCACCGAAACAAGGCUUGGGAGGUUCUCUUGCCAACGCUCGAGGACAGCAUCAAUCACCCAUUUCAGGGGUGUACGCUCUCCGCACUCCCCGUGGAAAGAUCACCUCCAUAGCGUGCGAGAGUUGUCGCAAGCGCAAGUCCAAAUGCGACGGCGUCCGGCCAAAGUGCAAUACUUGCCAGUCCAAGAAUCUCACCUGCGUAUACGAUGUGGCUGAAGAUGGAAAGACGACUACGCAACUGCGGGCGCAUGUCAGGCGAUUGGCAAAGGAACUAGACGACAUGAAGUCUGUUAUAUCGUUAUUGGCCAUGGCACCAGACCGGGCUUCAGCAGCGAGCUGGGCUGCUGAAUUGGAAAAGAACGGGUUUGCGCACCACUCGGCUGAGGAGAUUAAGAAAUCGCUCCAGGAUCCGCAAGACCCGGGCCCUGCUCCCACAGAACAGGAGUCAUUUGGCACCCCAGGCAGCGAACAAUUCGCGGGGCAAAGGCGAAAUAUAGGCGCCUCUUCCUAUGAUGGAUCCUCGCGCGAGGAAAGUCGGGAACACAGUCAAGCUGCUUUGAAUUACCCACCCGAGAGCGCAUCGGAUAGUGUUUCGGCCUUGAACCCUCCGCCUUUGACACUCGAUGCAGCCACGAAUGUGUUUAACAAAUUUGCGUUCGACUACACUUAUUAUCGCAGUAGAAAACGCGAGCUCCUUGCAAAUGGAUGGAGCGAAGCACAGAUAUUUGGAAGGAUCGAAGUUGACGUGGAUACACUGCUGUUGGGUUUCGUGGACCCUCAGGACACACAAACAGUACCUACCUGGUGCUCACGUACUGUGAACAAACUGCUUCCGGCAGCGUCCCUUCCUGUCAGGCUUGCAUCUACCUGGAUCUUGACCAAGUUAACACGGUAUCUCGUGUGGCCCAGUGUAGAGAACAUGAACGCGAAUCCAGAGUGGUUGACGCCACCGAUAGGGAAGCAAGAUUCAGGACCGUAUGAUAUCCUCAUCGACCUGAUACCAUGGCCGCAAGUACGCCAAUUAUUAUAUCAACAUCCUCGGGAAUAUUCAGUCGGGCCAUUCGUCGGCCUGAUUGGCAUCAACUGGCCAUAUGCGGAUGAUGCGUGCCACUUCUGGGACAUCGAAGCAGGGUGCACACGCAUGACACCCUUGUUCGAGAGUACAGUGGCAGACUUGAACAACUGGACAGUCGAUCCAAAGGUUUUUGAUAUCAUGCCUGAACUCGAAGGGUUAGUUCCAGGCAAGCCAAUAUGACGAGGCAAAUGGUCCUUGGCUUUAUGGUGUUUUUGGAGUUUGGUUAGAACGGAAUUCCCCAAAAUGACCUCUUGCAUCUGUCGGCGGUAGCCUGUAUAUCUCUUUUAGGCCCUCAGCCUUGCGUCGGUCGUCUGUGACCAUUUUGCAUAGAGGUCUGCGUCCACAUAUUUAGCGACGUUAGGGUGGAAACAUUGUGCAUCUAGGUUAGGUCAUUAGAGCAUAGAGCAUGUGCGAGGUACCAGGAUAAAGACAAACUAAAUAAUUACCCAGGACGAGUCACCUAGAACAGGAUCUCAAGCAGCUAAAGAGGCCAGGCUUGAUAUAUAAAUGUCCCUGCGCCCCGGAAAUAAUCGGCUACGUCUCCACCUCAGCUGUCACAUAUGUGGCUCCUUAUUAUACCUUCUGUGAGUUGAUUCAUCGUGAUGCCAAGGCCAUCCCGAAAAU